AUGGCUUGGGAUGAUGAAUAUUCACAUAAUUCAUUUGACCUAUGUUGUUUGUUAAACUCAUUUCCUGGAGACUUGGAGUUUGAUCAGAUCUUCAGUGACAUUGAUGAAAAGAUUGAACAAAAUGCUAAAAGCUUAGAACAUUGCAUUAAAGAAAUACAGUCUGAAGCUAACAAACAGUGCCCAGAUGUGCAGCUGCAAACAACAACUGACUGCUUUGAAUGGCUAACUAAAUGUAAUUAUAAUGUAUCCAUGUCACCUUCCAUUUCCCAGGGAGAGAUGAUAGAAUUCCUCAAAACACUGCAAAAUUUGUUGAAGAACGAACAAAAUCAAGAAGAAAUGAUACUCGAUUUACUCUGGGAUCUCUCCUGCCAAAGCAGCCUCUCGUCCCCAUCGACUCUGAGCGGGGCGUCUGUCCGCUCCCUCUCUCGGACUCCUCUCCCCUGUGUUGCGGAUCAGCCCUCUGUGGACGUGAAGUCUAUGUGGGACGAUGUCAGACUGCAUCUCCGACGCUUCUUAGUGAGGAAGUUGCAAAGCCACGAUGAAAUAAACAAUUCACAGCAAAACAUUUUAUUGAAAAGUCAUUGCCUGCAACAACUCUUGUUUCUUUAUCCAGAAUUGGAAGUUAUAAUCAAGUACAAAAAUAUACAGCAUAAAAUGUUGGCUAAACUUCUGCAGAACCUCUUUCCUUCUUACGGCAAAGAUUCAAAUUUAGACAUAAUAGCUCACGGAUAUCAAAAUACAAUGCUUAAGUUAUACUCAAUGCUAAAAGAGGAUUUUAACAUACUCUGUGAAAUUUUAUCUCCAUCUUCAACAGUGAAAUUCAUUAAAGAAACUUACCUGGAUACUGUUACAGAAGAAAUGGCAAAAUUUCUUGAAAAUUUUUGUGAGCUGCAGUUCAAAGAAAAUGCUGUCCCCGUGGUUAAAACAAGCAAGAGUUCCAGCAACCAUAGAGGAGCAGUGCAUGCUUUGGGUUAGUGACAUUUACAAUUUUUGUUCAGUUUAACUUAAGCCUUUAAACCUUCCUGAUAUCUUUAAUUUUCUAAGAUUUUCCUAUGUGGUUAAAUCUCAUUGCAAACUUGAAAAUAAAUUAGAAAAUAAAUGUGAUGAAAUUUUGCAGUCCACAUUUCUCGUAUGCAUCCUUUUUCUGUAAGUACAGUCAUAAAAGUGUUUUCUGUCCUGUUAAAUUCUUAAAGGCAUUGGAAAUGUAAGCCAAAAAAUACUUCAAAUAAGAGUUUUAACUCUCUUGAUUAUGUAUGACAGAGAGUA